GACGGUCGGACGGUAUCACACUGAAAAUAAUAAAAAUUCCAAACAAAAAUAAAAUUAACAGGUUAAAAGAAAUGGACGAUUCUGUUAUAGUGCUCGACGAUACGCAGCCCAGCGGGGAAAUCAUAGAAGUAGACAUGGAAGAUGGCGAGUUGGACGAUUCAGAAAUUGUGGUUGUGGCCGUGGCGGACACAAGCCCCUCCACCGAUAUGUUACCAACAACAGAUGACAAUCCGAGUCUACGAACUCAGGAGAACAACCAAAACGAUGGCUUGGUGUUCGAAGUAAAGUUUUGCAACAAGGAGCACUUUGCCAGUCUUCACCACAAAAUGUUGGAUGUAUUGGAAGCUGGUUUUGCGGGCCGUCACCUAGAUUACAGGACAAACGCAGAAGAGCUGGUAAUAGGCGCUUACGACGGAGGCGUUAAGAAACCGCAAUCGCCUUCAUCUCCGGAUCUGGACACUUCAAAUGACUUUAUGAUCGACACAUCGCCUACUCCGAAGCUGAUGGUCUCGCAGGUACCUUCUUACAAGCGCUCGAAUACAGAUGUACUCGACGAAGACACUGAAGCACGAAAGAAACUGAAGGCCGAGGCGGUAAACAAGUGUAUCCGACCCAAAAACCAGUCGGCCUGCUUUAACUGUGGCGAAACGGGCCAUUCGCUGCGAGAGUGCCCACAGCCACGCAACAAUGUGAGAAUUCAACGGGCCCGCAAGAAGAUCAGCUGUCGCAUGGAACGCUACCAUGUGGACCUUGAACAGAGGUUUGGACACCUUCGACCCGGGAAAAUCAGCACUAAGACCCGCCAUGCAAUGGGCUACAACCGCAACGAGUUGCCUUUCAUGUUCUAUCGGCUGCGCGUUCUGGGAUACCCGCCAGCCUGGCUCGAGGAUGCUCAGAUGCAGAGUUCCGGCAUUUCGAUCUUCAAUGCAGAUGGUACAGAGGUGUCGAAAUCAGAUGACGAAGAAGGGGUAGCGAAUACCUUUAAAUAUGACCUUAACAAAAUUGUGGAAUUCCCGGGAUUCAAUGUGGAACCCGGUGGCAGAUUCUUCGAUGACUUUCAACAUCACAAUGUGCCGCCCUUCCAGAAGAGCCAGCUAAAGGAAAACUUUAUUAAAUCCCUGGGGGAGAAUAUAAGCAAAGGCUACAGACGCAAGAAGCUGUUGGACCUGCCAGCUCCGCAUGACUCGAGUCCUACUACGACCGAGAAAACCAACUUCGUCGAGUAUGACAUGGAUGUGGAGGAAGCAGAAGCAGAGGAAUCAGGCCAUCCUCCACUACCAGCCUCUGAGCCCAACAGCAUAAGUCUACCUCCACCCCCAUCGCCGCUGCAAGAGAAAAAGGAAGCACGCUCCCAAUCACCAUCAAUAGAAGUCUUGAAGGCGCAGCAGGAGAAACUGCUGUUGCAGUUGGAGAGCAACACCUCGUUGGACACAAGCAGUAUAACAGCGGACGAAUCCAUAUCUCAGACAACAUUGACGCAAACACAGUCGGCGCCCACCACGCCUAGCGGGGCAAGAGACUUGGCCUCACGGCAGUUCAAGGCUACCUUCGAGGGGACGCCCAUCCUCAAGUUCUCUGAGUUCAACCAGCUGCCAGUCGACAGUAACUUCAGGGUGGGCGUGAGCGAUGUCAUCCACUUUGAUAAUCUGCCCGAUUCGACGGGCAAGUACGAGCAAAUGAAGGACCUGCUGAAGAACGUGCGGGAAAAGAUGGUGAAACUGCAGAACGAGGAUUAAUGCAUACAUCCCAACAAAUUUUUCAUAUUUAAAUGCCCGUAGUGUUUAAGUUUUUAACAAUUUAGUUUGCCAAUACACGAGUCAAUGUAA